UUAAAAAAAAAAAAGGAAGAGAAAAACAGUUAUUGUCAAAUGGCUCCGCGUCGUGCGAUGGUUCUUCUCUGUCUUGUUCUGUUUCUGGCGGCGAGUAGUUCUUGUGUGGCUGCUGCAAGAACCGGAGCCACGAUGGAGAUGAAGAAGAUGAAGAAAAGUAAGAGCUUAGGGUUUAAAUACAACCAUAUUUUUGGUUACUUGCCCAAAGGCGUUCCCAUUCCUCCUUCUGCUCCUUCUAAGAGACACAACUCUCUUGUUGACUCUCUUCCUCAUUGAUUUCAUUACUAUUUUUUUGUUUUGUUUAUUCAAUGUUCUUUUUUGGGUUUAAUUUUGUAGAUCAGAUCAACAAUAGUUUCGUAGGAUAUACUCUUUGUAUAUAUUUGCAUACGUCUAUAUAUAUGGACUAAUAUAUGUUUAA